AUUUACAGUGUGUUAAUAUGUUAAGAUAUCAAGCCAAAGAAGCAGCAACAACCAAAAUCUUCCGUUAUAUAAAUCUGACGCUUUUGAUCAUUGAUUCAGCUGUACUUGGAGGGCUGUUCAUUGCUUUUCCAGAUGCUCAACAAGUCUUAGGAGUAUUUAUGUUUAUCCACUCUUUUUUCUUGGUUCCUAGUAUGCUUUAUCAUGUUGCUCCAGUCAUUAGAAAACAUUUCUUGUUUAUCUGGAUUGCUAAUGUGUUAAGCUCCCUCACACUCGGGAUCUUUGCGAUAUCUUUGGUGCUGUACUUCCUCGAAAUUGGCAACAGGAAAGGAAGUCAAACCAUGAUGAUCAUUAUGAUAGUCAUUACAGGACCAGGUGCACUAAUAGCCGGAACUUUGAUAAUGAUGCUCAAUGCUGAAGCCCAAAUGAAGCAAAUUGCAUAUGUUGUAUUCCCAACAGAAAACUCCUACCAGCAACCAAUAAUGAUGGUAUAACUCAAUGAAAACAGAACGAAUAAAGUAAUUCAUCAGUUAAUGAGUC